UUUAUUUAUCUAUUUAAUUUUUAAAAAAUAAAUUAGGCGUAUAAAAAGAUUAGUUAUUAAAUUAUAAAAAUUAAGUAUUAAUGCGCUUUGAAAAAAAUAUGCUAUACAGAUUUAUCACAAAUAAUAAUUUUUCGUGAUAAUGUCAUAACAAAAAUUUGUAGUGAGCCCCUCUUUCGAUUGUUUAAAGGUUGAGUGUAUAAAAGGAAGAAUUAUUCUGUGCGGAGUGCAGAGGAUGUCCGGAGACAAAUAAAAAUGCAAUAUGUCACCUCAUUGGUGGGUACCCAGCUCAGUACUUGCACUCGGUACGCUGGGUACCCAGUUUUUAACCCGACGUUUCUCACGUCCGGUGUCCGUACAGAAUAAAAGCUCCUAUAAAAGAUAAGAUAUUCAAUAUUUAUGACUGUUUUAUUAAUAUUUUAAAAAAUUUAUAAUUAAAGAUGAGAAUGUAAUAUUAUAUUUGUAUCAAAAGAAUUAAAAUUUUAAAUCUCCAAAAUAAAAUUAGGACAAAACUUGUAUCGCAAGCAACGAGAUAACGCUAUUAAUUGUAUGAACAUUACAAAAUUCUUAUAUAUUUUUAUUGUUUAUUUUUCUUUUCAAUCUUCUAAUUUAUUUAUUUUUCAUUUGAAUUAAAUUUUGCCUAUUUCCAACCGUUAUGCUAAAUGAUUCAUUUAGCCUUAAUUAUUUAACGGCCAUCCUCACCAUUCUGGUGGUUGCUUGAUAAGAAAGGGACGCAUGCAUUGCAUCUCCUGUUCAAGGAAAUCGAAAAGACUAAAAAUUCUUAAUCCCCCUAUCUAAUCACGAAAAAACUUUACCGUUAACUAUUUCAUAAGUUAGAGAGAGAGAGAGAGAGAAUUCUAAAGAUAAACAUGAGGGCAAUUCGGUCAUUAGAAUAUCUAUUAUUAGCUUGGCUUGAAGCUUUAAAGAGCAAAGUAUGGCUUUGAAAGCAGGAAGCUUAUUAGUUCCUUAUGCCCAGUCCAUCUCACUCUUAAUAAAGCUUAUUAGAAUGGAGGAUAUGUUGGAUGAAUCAGUGGCCAAAUGGCUUGAAAGUCUGGAAGAAGAGUUCAACAUGCAAGAUGUCCUCUUUCACACUGAGCAAGUCCCUCUAAUGGCUCCUCAGCGCAGAGCAACUGAGCCUAAAUCAGAAGUUCGCAGUGCAGAAUUAGUAAACUUGCUCAUCUCCAAGGUUUACUCAGGCCCAACAAUCGGCGAUAUCGAAAGCGCACUGAGCCUGAGCUGCAGCGAUGACAGUGGCCGGAACUACAGAUCGGCGUUGCAAGAGAAGGGGUCAAGUACUAAGAUGGACAAGUAUACGCUCAGAUUAAAAACCUGUGAUAAUGGAGUUGCAGAUGAUGGCUAUAAAUGGAGGAAGUAUGGCCAGAAACUCAUCAAAAAUAGCCCAAACCCAAGGAGCUAUUACAGGUGCACCAACCCUAGGUGCAAUGCAAAGAAGCAGGUGGAGAGAUCGACAGAAGAUCCCGAGACAGUCAUAGUGACCUAUGAAGGUCUCCACCUCCACUUCACCUACUCCCAUAUCCUCCUCUCCCAGAAAAAUGACCAGCAUGCAGCAAGCUUAAAUGCACUGAAGAAACAAAAGAAACAAACUGAAUUGCAGCCAAAAGAAUCUGAAGGGCAGCAGCACAUGCAGCAAAUAGCACAGAGCAUACAAAAUAGAGAACAGCCGCAGGGGAACAAACAUUUGAGAGAUGGAGAGAGCUAUCAAGAAUUCUGCUUGGAAGAUAUCUUGCUAGAAAAUCCAUCAAUGAGAGAAAAAAACAUACACGGACUUCUCACUGAUGUCCAGAGGCCACAAGGGAUGCUGGAAGAUGUUGUUCCCUUGAUGGUGAGGAAGCCUUGCAGCUCAGCCACACCUUCAAAUGAGCCUUCCUAUUUCCCUCAAGAAUCUUCCCCUUUACACUACUCCUCCCUCUUCAUCUCACCUAGCAGCUCCCAAAUAGAUAAGGGUAUACUUUCAAGCAUUCUGUGAGAGACGAAGUUGUCGGGAAAACUUACAAGAGUGCACAACAUAGAAUAAAGAUCUGGAUUUGGAUGUUAUUUUCUACUAUGUAUAGUCCUCGAUUACAAGCAUUACUUGCUUCAACAAAAAAACCAUGGAGCAAGUAGAUACAUAAAUUAUAAAAGAAAUUUCAUGUAAAAUAUCAGUAAAUGUUUUGUGUAUAGUAAACCUGUUUUCAACCGGAACAACUAACCCUUCUCAAAUCUCAAUUAGGUUUCAUUAGAUUGUAACAUGAAAUAAGACUUAGAACUAAUAUAAUGAAAAUCUAGGAAAUUCCAACAAGCUGUCUUCAAACAAUGCUCAUAGCUCGGCCUAUCCUUGUGCCAUAUUUCAUCGUCUACCUUUUUUUUUUUUCUCAUCCAAAAGAAUACUAAUUGUUUAGAAAUUAUACAUACUAAUGUAUGAAGAUCUUCCCCAAUUUUGUCUUUGCAAUUAAUAAAUAUAAUAUUUUGUUUGUUCAUGAUUUUACUCGUUAUUGUUUGGAUUUAUCGUCUACGUUCUAAUCUGAAACAUAAACUACAUUUCUUAAAUUCAAAUUGCUUGUUGAAAAUCAAUUUUAAAAACCUAUAAAAGUUUUAAGAUCGAAUGGUGGUGGUCAAUACAUGAAUCAUACUUUUAGCAAACAUCUUCAAUAGUUUGGAAUUGUUCAUCAAAUUAGUUGCCCUUACACCCCUGAGUAAAAUGAUGUGGCAGAACAUAAGCAUCACCAUUUACUUGAAACUAUCUUAGCUCUAUUUUUCCAUGACCAUUUUCACCCAAAAUUUUGAUUUGACACACUCUUCACUGCUACAUAUCUUAUUAAAUGGCUCCCUUCAAAAACUCUUCAUAAUACAUCCCUCUAUGAGCAUUUAUAUCACCAUCCUCUAGACUACAGUCACUUUAAAACCUUUGGUUGCCUAUGUUAUCCUUGGUUCCCAACCAAACUUACAAAUAAACUUCAACCUCAUUCCAGCCCGUGUAUCUUUCUUGGUUAUGUUGC